AUGGCAAAUGACAUGUUGAAACAUGGAGAUGAUCCCCCUGGCUCUACUUCACCAUUACAAUGGCUUAAGGAAAGUGAAAUCCCUGUUAAAAACAACGAAGUUGCUAACUUCAUGGGGACUCUCAACAAUCGUAAUGCUUCUGGAGUUGAUAUAACCAUGCCAUGUACCACAACACCAUUCUCUCUUUUUCCUUUUGGAGACAUGUAUGGAACGACUAACUCUUAUGCCAUGGAAAUGCCGCUGACUGGUAUAAAUUUAAUGACCGAUGUCACUCCAUUCAGCAACUCUCAGAAUCCAUUUUUUGACUAUGAUUCUGUAUACGCAGAGGGUCAUACACCGGUCCUAUCAAGCCCAGUUUCAAAUUUUCUUGGUUUGGAAGGGGAAAAAACUGAAUUUAGUCAAUAUCACACCCUUGAUUAUUCAGUGCCUCCUGAUAAUGUGGUCAGUGCCAGGUCCAAUGUCAACAUUAUUCAAAAUUCUUAUGUUGACAGGAAAUUAGUAACUGCUAAAGGAAAUUCAGCAGCAGCCUUAGAAAGUAUCCAGCGGAGUGAAGAACUAAAUAGUAAUACAGGUAGGCCUCAGCUAUUAAGAAAUUUCAUAAGUGAUGGAGUUAGCAAUACUGUGCCAUGCCAUGCCAUAGAUGGUGUAGACAUUGCGCUAAAUAACAAUUUCAUGGCAAGUGAAGUUCAAGAGGAUUGUCCAGACAAAUUUGAUGCAAGUCUCCUAACCCUGGGAAUUGGCACAAAGACGGAGGAUUUAUCUAAAUCUAAUAGAUCAGGAAUAAAUGUCACUAAUAAUUUUGGAAGGGUUGCCCUUCCUCAACCAAAUACUUUCUAUGGUCGAAAAGAAGACAGAGGUUCCUUGAAUCCUUCCUCUGAUGUGGCUGCUGGUUUCCCUUGUCUUCAGAACAAUGUGGGUGGAUUUGCUGUGAUGAAAAACAAUAUGCCACAAGAUGAUGACCAACAUCAUUUUCUUAUACCGGGAAACAGGAAUGUUUGUCUUGGCGUUGAGGGGAACUGGGAUACAAGAUCUGCAUAUAUUGAUCCUCCUAAUGACAGUUUUCAGUACAGCCCUGCUGUAUCUUUCAUACCAGUUGGUAGCAGCUUAGCUGAGCUCCCUGAUUUUGGAUGGAGCAGGGCAAAUGGGUUGGCAUUAUCACCUUCUUCGAGUACAAGUACUUGUCUAACUGUAUCUGAAACUUCCAGGAACCUCUUUUCUGAUUCAUCCAUGGUUUUUCCUCCUAUUGGUGUCACGCAAAGCACUACCCUGAACGAUGAGUUCGGGAAGCUUUCCACAGCUAACCAGGGUAUUGCUGCACAAGUUGCUGAAAGAGGUCAUGUUCCAGGGAAAUUUUGGUUUAGCCAGCUACCUAGUAAUUCUUGUCAACCUCAAGUCAUUGGUGCUGUUCAGUCUUCUACAGACCUUUCUAGAUCCGUGAUGACUGGUGAAGAAGUUCCAAUUACCAAACUUAAUAGGAAUGUUCAGGGUUCUAGUGCUUUGGUUGGAACAUCUCUUAAGAGGGUUGCAGAAGAACCCCCAGCAGCGGCUUCCCGAGCUCAAUGCAAAAAGAGAAGAGCCCAAUCUUCUGUUGGUCCAUUUGCUCCAAAUUUGCCCCUGCUUGUUCCAUCACUACAUUUAUCCAACGCAUCUAAUUUGACAGUCCCAGCUCCUACUGCUCCUUCUCUCCCACACCAAGUCAAAAGUACUGCAUUACUCCCACCCCUAACCCAGACCAGUCAGUCUCUCCCACUCCAAGCCAAAGGUACUGCAUCAAUCCAACCCGUAUCUGAGAAUGCUUCCUCUCUCCCAACCCUAGUUAGACGUACUGCUGUACUCCCACCCUUGUCCCAGAUUGCUCCCUCUCUCCCAUCCCAAGCCAAAACUAUUGCAUCACACCAACCCCUACCCAAGACUGCUUCAUAUCUCAAACUCAAAGGCAGUACUGCGUCACUCCCAUCCGUAUCCCAGAAUGCUCGCUCCCUCUCAUCAAUGCACCAAAUUGUUCCUCCAGUCCCAUCUGAAGCCAAAACCACACACCCACCCCUACCCCAGGCUGCUCCAAAUCUCAGAUCCAGAGCCAGAAGUAUUACGUCACUCCCAACCCUAUCCCAGAAUGCUCGCUCUCUCACACCCCUGCCCCGAAUGGCUCCUCCACUCUCAUCCCAACCCUCGAGUGCUCCACCACUCCUACAGAAAAUUUGGACUGCUAAACCUCUCCCAGAGAAAUCUCAGACAGCUUCACCGCUCCAUUUGUCUCCCCAGAUUGCUCCACCUCUCCCAUCCCAGCCCCAGACUGCUUCAACUUUCCAUAUAAAAUGGCAAGGUUUUGGUCAAAAUCAAACUCAGCCAAUUGGGCACAAGUGUUUGAUAUGCAAGAGGGAUCUUUCCUUCACACCGGAAGGCCCUGUUUUCGUGCCAGCUAUUCGACCAGUUGUUGCUGUUCUACCGUGUGGCCACACCUUUCAUGACCACUGCUUGAGGCUUAUCACCCCUGAAGAGGAAGUUAAAAAUCCUCCGUGCAUUCCUUGUGCCAUCGGUGAGAGUUGA